AUUGUUUUGGAGUAGCUUUGGACCUUGAUUCAUCGUGUACAAGGUGCACGUAACCUGCAACAAAGAUAAUGUCUCACUCUUCGGCCGUACCGAGCUCUGUGAAACGUCACAGUGGAGGGUCUUCCUCCCAAGUUUCGGAGCGAGGAGACGUGCCCAUUGAUGCAUCUCAGCAUUCCGUGUCUUCGCACCACCAUCACUACCACCACCACUACGAUCCUGAGUGGGAGGCGAAGGAAGAGUUACGAUUGAGAGAGUUAGAAGAAGCUAGAGCCAGAGCAGCGCAGAUGGAGAAGACAAUGAGAUGGUGGUCUGAUUGUACUGCCAACUGGCGAGAAAAAUGGAGCAAAGUCAGAACUGAACGCAACAGGGCUCGAGAGGAGGCUCGUGUGAUGCGUGGAAAACUUGAGGCAGCUACAAAGGAAGUUAAUACUUUGAAGAGAGAAAAACAGGAACUGGAAUCUGAGAAUGUAAAGUUACAAAAAGAAAUUCAUUUUCUACAAACCCCCAAAACUACAGGUGAUAAAAAAGAGGAAGGAAAGUUUAAUUCUCUAAAUUCCUCCGUUGGGGAAAGAGUUGUGGCAGAAAGAGACGUCAGUCAUCCGGAGAAACCCACCGUUGAUAUCCCAGCGUCAAAUUCCGCUUUCUUGUCAACAACACUAGAUUCAUUUAGUACUUGCAGCAAAUCUGUAACCAAACCAGAAGGCACAACAUUAAGUCAGUUAAGUAGUCAAACAGUCAGUCAGGAUUUGGAAUUCUUAGACAAAUUGUUUCAUAAUAAAGAAAAUCAAACGACCAACAUAAGCCAUAAUAGUGGCUCUGCAUUUUCAUCUUUUUCUUCUGAUUCUAAAGAGAAAAAAUCCAGGACAGAACAGAAGCUUGUAGAAAAUGUAUGCAGCCCAGUACAGGAACUGGUAGAUCAACGGGUAUCGAUGCUUCAGUUGAGAUUAGAUGAAGCCACAAAAACCAUCCUGGCUGAGAGACAGUAA